AAUAGACACUACAUAAAAUCAUACGCAUUCAAAAUCUCGAAUUUAAUAAAAGAAUUCUGCUGAGCAGUCGAUCACGAUACUCAGACCAUAACAAUCGGAGUGUACAGUUAGUCACGAGGUCAGUCGCUACAAUGAAAACAAUAAGAUCCCUAUAUCCGAAUACCUGAAGUAUUUCUCGGUAUAACAGCUAGCAGACGUACAGACAGUAGAACCUUUGUUACUGUGCAAGUGAUAAACACAUAAGUAUAGCAGAGUGCACACGGUUGAAAUGAAAUCUACUGCAUCAAAGAGUCAGGCCAUGAAGCUGUGCUACGUUAUCAACAACGCGAUUCUCGCCUCCAAAGGACCCUACAAACACAGCAUCGAACAAAUGUUGCAAAGCUCGUCGCUCCGUAUUUACGGACUGGAGCAAGAGCGCGUGGACCUAAGCCAGCUAAAAAAAGAUUUGGAUUACUGGCUCGAAUCCUUACAGGACCUACUCGACGGAGACUGUCCCGACUGGAAUUCCUCGUCGAGAUUUCUCUCGCUCCAGAAGUCGGAGCAGAAGCUGUGCGAAUUAAAGUUCAAAUACGCCAGAGGAAGGAAACCUACACAGUCGACGGUGGGUCGUUUCAGUGUGCGGUUACCCGUCGAGGAGAUGAGGAGAAGAGUAGCUCAGCUGGUUAAGGGGCUGAGAGAUUUUUGGAUUGCUGCCAGCAUCUUGUACACCGAGAGAGUAGCGAAGAGCACGAGUAGCAUGGGACAGAGGAAGCUGCGCUGCAACGGUGUGGUGGAAUUAUAAUUUUUGAUGAUUUUUUCAUGAAAACGCUUUGUAUAAGUUGAAUAAAUGAUACAUGUGAUAAAUUCAAAA